ACAUCAUUUUCAUUCGCAUUCUUCUGAUUCACUUAAACGAGUUUCCUAAACCUCCACGCCUCACCACAUCAAGUCACCCACCAUGGCUUCACACAAUAAGCCCACGGUCCUCAUUACCGGAGCCUCCCAAGGCGGAUCCGGCAACGCCCUGGCCCUCGAGUUUGCAAAGAAGGGCUACCGAGUCUUUGCGACGGCCCGUUCCCUGAGGACUCUUACUAAUCUGACGGAGAACGGCAUCGAGACCUUGACCCUCGAUGUAACGGAUUUCGAGAGUCUUGUAACCUUGAGAGAUGAGAUCGCGAACCGGACUGGCGGCAAGCUUGACAUCCUCUUCAAUAACGCCGGUACCCUAUACGAGGCACCGGCUAUUGAGCAAGACCCUAUUCGCGUUAAAAAGAUGUUCGAUACUAAUGUGUUUGGCCUCUUCGACUCGGUUUCCGUCUUUACACCCCUACUUCUCAAGGCAGCAGCUAGCUCAAGCCGCGCACCGACUAUCGUUAACGUGGCGUCUAUCCUCGCCCGUAUCCCUAUGCCAUUUACGGCUGCUUAUAAUGCUACAAAAGCCGCUGUGGCUAGCUAUUCGGAUACGUUGAGGUUAGAGCUCGAACCCCUCGGCAUUCGCGUCGUGACGCUCUACAUGGGCGAGGUGUCGACUGGUCUCAUGUUGACCGACAACAUCAACUUCGGCCCCGAGAGUAUUUAUGCCGACCUGGAGGCCAAGGUCAAGGAGCGCACCGCAAAUCACGCCAAGACCUCUGUCACCCCGCAAGAGUUCGCUGCUAGCGUCGUCCCUCAGGUCGUCGGCAGUAACUCAAACUACAUCUGGAAGGGUACUAACGCCUUUCUAUGCUGGUUCCUCAACGCCUUCGCGCCCCAUAAGUCGUUUGAUAGUUCUAUAAAGGGCACUGUCGGCCUUAGCGAUAAGGAAAUUGUGAGCAAAAUCCUCGAACGAGGCCAGAAGCUGGUCUCAAAAGAGUGACAAGUCUUGCUGAGCAUUUUUUCUCUUGUUCGUCCUUGCCAGACUAGAUUGAAGGAGUCGGCUUCAUCCACGCAGGCGAGUCUUGGUCAUGUUUAUCUGUUCCGGCGAUGAGGAACGAGGCGGUGUACGAUUUGCUAGGAUGUAGUCAAUGAAGAAAGAAUAUAGACAACUGCUUCGUCAAUGCUGGCGUCUGAAGUACGUAGUAGUGUUUUGAAUCAGAAGACUUGUGUGGGAUGUUAGUGCAUUCGCAUCAAGAGAGGUAGCCUCUCGGGUCACACGCCGAUUCAAACGCGUCGCCGGAUCGAGGCUUCCAGGGUUAUGACCCGCGUCUUC